CGAGGACGAAGUGGAACUUAUCAAGGCAUAUAAAACUAACACACAUUCGUUUUAUUUAUUCACAAAUUCUGUGAUAGUGUGUUGUGAAGUCACGUCUCAGGCAUAUUGCCGUAUUCGAAAAAGAGACAGUUUUUGGUCAAUCAUGGGAUCAGUACUGAGCUGGCUGGGAUACGGGGUUGAUACAGGACGAACAGAUGAUGCUGAUCCACUAACUAAACUGACUUCGAGAGACAGAUAUUUGGUAAAAAAAUCUUGGGAAAGUAUCGUCAUGAAACAGCCCACAGAAUAUGGUAUAAGACUCUUCAUGAGGUUAUUUGAGAUUCAACCAAACCAUCAGAAGCCGUUUCCAUUCAGAGACAUUCCUACUCAAGAAUUGCCGAAGAGCAAAAAGUUUCAUGCCCAUUGCAACUCAGUCAUUUACUCUGUCGGUUCUAUGGUAGGGGCGAUAGACGACAACGAGCUGUUGGAGAGUAUAGGAUUGAAGAUUGGGAGCAAUCACAAAACGAGAUCAGUUGAUCGACAAGCCCUAAAGGAUGUGAAACAAGCUAUGACGGAUGUAUUCUCGUUCAUGACUAAGGAAGAAUUGGAUGCUUGGAGUAGGGCCUUGGACAUUGGUUUGAAAUACAUGACACAAGGCAUAGAGGAGAGGAAAUGAAGUAGAUUAUUCUAUAGAUACCCGGUGUAUACAAAUAUAGAAUAGAGGAAUCCAGGGAUCUGGAAAUAAUUUGCAAUAGACUGCUGCAAAUACCUGACUUUUACAACUGAAGUGCUUAGUGUAUUAUAUAAACUAGUACCGUUUUGGUACAUUUUAUUUCAAAUUUUAUUAGACACAAAGUUUUAAAUUAAAUUAUCUUCACAUUUUGAA